CUAUAUAAGGACAUGCUUGGCCGCCCCUCCCAUCACUCCUAUCCCAUUGCAGCCCUAGCCAAGAAAACCCUAAUCUCCUCCUCCUCCUCUCGCCUUCGAUUCCUUCCGGUUCGCUCUUCUUCCGCCGCCUUCCCCACGACUCAUCAUCUCCAUCGAAGCUUGCAGGCGCUGCUGCUGGCUCCAACUUUAAAGGUGAAGUGUGUCCAAGUUGAAGCAUCUUUUAUGUCCAUACAAGCCAGCUCCUAUCUGGGAUCCAUAGGGUUGCUUGGAGAGUAUUGUCCUUCGUCAAGGAAAAAGAACAGAGCCUUACCGGAAGGAGUUGGCUGCAUGCAUCUUGAGCAAAAGCAGGAAUACCCAGAUUUACGUGGUUGCUGCUGGGUGCAACUUGAUCCAAAACCUGAAGGCCUGUGCACUCCUGUUGAGGAAUCUUUUGAGGACAGUACAGCUGCUGCAAUUUUUUCUGUCUUAUAAAAGUGCCUGCAUUUGAAUCUCUGUUGUGGACAAGAUGGCGCUGCAGAACAUUGGUGCAUCAAACAGCGAUGACGCCUUCUACAGGUACAAGAUGCCCAAAAUGAUCACCAAGAUUGAGGGGCGAGGAAAUGGCAUCAAGACGAACGUCGUCAACAUGGUGGACAUUGCAAAGGCUUUAGCGAGGCCAGCAUCUUACACUACGAAGUACUUUGGCUGCGAGCUGGGUGCUCAGUCCAAGUUUGAUGAGAAAACUGGUACCUCUCUUGUUAAUGGGUCUCACGACACACCUAAACUUGCCGGCCUACUCGAGAACUUCAUUAAGAAAUAUGUGCAGUGCUAUGGCUGUGGAAAUCCUGAAACUGAGAUAAUCAUAACGAAGAAUCAGAUGAUUCAGCUGAAAUGUGCUGCUUGUGGCUUUGUCUCGGAUGUCGACAUGAGGGACAAGCUCACUACUUUUAUCCUGAAGAACCCGCCUGAGACGAAGAAGGGUUCCAAGGACAAGAAGGCCAUGAGAAGGGCAGAGAAGGAGAGGUUAAAGGAGGGUGAAGUUGCAGAUGAGGAGCAGAAGAAGCACCAGAAGCAGGUCAAGAAGAAGGGAGCUUCCGUUGCAAAGGAAGCUGCUGGAAAAAGUUCCAAGAAGAAGCAUACGGGUUCUGAUGAAGACCGUGUCUCACCAGCUCACAGCCAGGUCGAUGAGAAGGAAGAGGUUGAAGACGAUGAAGAUGAUGUUCAGUGGCAGACUGAUACAUCCCUAGAGGCAGCACGCCAGCGCAUUCAGGAGCAGUUGAGUUCGGUGACAGCUGAUAUGGUGAUGCUCUCUACUGAGGAGACACAGAAAAAAACAAAGGCCUCGAAGCCAAGGAGCCCAUCCCCACCACAGGAGAAGAAGGCAGUAGCUCAGAACGGAACUUCAAAACCUCACGAGGUGCUCGUGAGCGAGGUGAAAGCAGGCCUCAAGGAGGGAAUAUCUGCAAAGCAGCUGUCAGCUCUGCUUGCUGCUAAGCCUGGUACUGCACAGGAGAGGAUGUCUGCCCUCUUUGAGGCACUCUUUGAAGGCGUCGACAAAGGGUUCACAAGAGAGAUCACCAAGAAGGGGGGCUACCUCGCUGCGGCAGUUUCAAAGGAUGAGGGAAGUGGCCAGCUCCUCCUGCUUAAGGCAAUAGAAGAAUUCUGUGCAAAGAGCUCUGGAGCUUUGAAGGAAGUGGCCCUGAUCUUGAAGUCUCUCUACGACGGGGAUGUGUUGGAGGAAGAGUACAUUGUGCAGUGGUACGAGGCUGGGCUCAAGGGAGAUAACAAAGGCUCUCAGAUCUGGAAGAACGUGAAGCCAUUCACGGAUUGGCUCCAGAGUGCUGAGUCAGAGUCUGAGGAGGAAUGAUGUGCUUUCCCACUGGACUGCUACAUUACCUGCAUAUAUUGUCCUGGGAGUCCUAAUAUGAAUAAGAGUGGUAUGUGUGGGGUGUUUCUUUUGCAAUUGGUUUGUGUUUUUGUGUUGUAAUGCCUCGCUUGUAGGCAAAGUACCUCCUUGGUUAGGAGGUGGUUAUGUUGGUCGUGUCUUAUGUCAUUGGGUGUUGCUUGAAUAAAGCUGUUUUGACAUUAGAAUGUGAGGCUUUCAUGCAGUGUGUUAUAGUCGGAUCGGGGUUUGUUUUUUGCAAUGCGCAUGUAGUCCUUAAGCAGAUACUCUGUGAUUGAGUUUAAGUAAUGUGGGUGUGUCCAUGCGGAUCAACCUAAGACUUGAUGUUUUUGAGCUUA